AUGGGAACCACAGAAGCCACUUUGCGGAUGGAAAAUGUGGAUGUGAAGGAGGAGUGGCAAGACGAAGACUUCCCCAGACCUCUCCCAGAAGAGACAGGGAUGGAGUCACUGGGCAGCCCUACAGAAGACGAGAAUACAUCCUCUCCCCCAAAUACGUUAAACUUUAAUGGGGCGCAUCGUAAGCGGAAGACACUUGUUGCACCUGAAAUCAACAUUUCCCUGGACCAGAGUGAAGGCUCCAUUCUCUCCGAUGACUUCCUGGACACACCAGAUGACCUGGACAUUAACGUGGACGAUAUCGAAACCCCUGACGAGACAGAUUCCCUCGAAUUCCUGGGGAACGGGAACGAGCUGGAAUGGGAAGAUGACACUCCUGUAGCCACAGCCAAGAACAUGCCUGGGGACAGUGCAGACCUGUUUGGGGAUGGUGGGACAGAAGAUGGGAGUGCUACUAACGGACGGCUCUGGAGGACUGUCAUCAUCGGAGAGCAGGAGCACCGCAUCGACCUCCAGAUGAUCAAACCCUACAUGAGAGUGGUGACACACGGAGGAUACUAUGGAGAAGGUCUCAAUGCCAUCAUUGUCUUCGCUGCCUGCUACCUCCCGGACAGUAACCUGGCUGAUUACCACUACAUCAUGGAGAAUCUCUUCUUAUACGUGAUCAGUAGUCUGGAGCUGCUGGUGGCUGAGGACUAUAUGAUUGUGUACCUAAAUGGAGCAACGCCCCGGAGGAGGAUGCCAGGCCUUGGCUGGCUCAAGAAAUGCUAUCAGAUGAUAGACAGAAGGCUGCGUAAGAACCUCAAAGCAUUGAUAAUCGUGCAUCCUUCAUGGUUCAUCCGGACAGUGCUGGCUAUAUCCAGACCCUUCAUCAGUGUAAAGUUUAUCAAUAAGAUCCAGUAUGUUCACAGCCUGGAGGAACUGGAGCAACUUAUCCCAAUGGAGCACGUACAGAUUCCAGACUGCGUCUUACAAUAUGAAGAAGAGAGGAUCAAGGCCAGAAAAGAAAGGGCAGAAGAGAAACAAGACAUGGCUGAGAAGGAAAGCAGGCCUGUGCCCCCAGCAGAGGAUCAAGAAACCAG